GAAGAUUUGGGGCAUGCAACAUGUGGCCAGCAGCCGGGCAAACAACUCGAGCAGCUCCAUCAGAGUUCCGCCAGGGCCAUGUGUGGCAGUGUUGCAGGGGAAGUUGGAUGCCAUUACAGGGCCCUCUAUGAUGUUCGGUGGCUUCGCAUACAACGGCAUCAGCUUCCUAUUCCGCUCUGGGGCUGUCUUGGGGCCCACCUAUGUGGUAGGCAUGGCAGCCAGUUUCUGUUCCGCCCUGUACCUCACCUUCACCAGUGCCAUCAUCGACUUCAAUCUGGCACGCCUCAGUCCCAAGGCCAAGGAAGGCUUUGCCGCAAUGCUUGGAGAGACCCUGAUCUAUGCGCGCAGGAGCUAUGCGCUGUGCCUGGCAAUGUUCAUGAUGGCCUUUACGGUCAUGGGUUACAUCAAGUUAUGGGACUAUGGCUCCCCGCUGUCGGAACAAGGGCCCCUGGGCUGGAAGUAUGGCAUCCUCCAACUCAUUGGUGGCCUCCUGGGGCUGCUAAGUCUGUGGAGGUUGCGGCACACCAUCCGCCUGGAAGCCUCCAGACUCAACGAGGCGCCCAAGGAGGGCGAAGGGGCCAUGGGGUCCCAGGGCCCUAGCCUCUGCAAGGUGAGACAAAUGUUGGCUCAUGCCAAAUUGGGAUCAUCCUCCACAGCUUUUCAGGUGGGGAACGUCUUUUAUGAGGUUCUCUUCUCCGGCGUCAAUCUGCAUGACCCUGCCGCCAAUUUCGCGUACUUUGGCUUUGCAGUCACUACCCUGGUGUUGGGAAGCAUUGCUCUGAUGAUUUCCUGUGAGCUCUUCUUUUCCAUUGAGGAGCUCUCUGAUGGCUUGAAGUGCGUGCUGGCUGAGCGAUUGACCAUCCACUUCCGUCUCAUUCGCAUCCUCUACAUGGCUUCGUUGAUCUCGUGGUUGUGUUCCAUGUUCUUCUCCUCCGAGGUGAAGUAUCCAGAGCUUUGGUGGGCUUCCUUCUCUUGGAGCUGCUGUGGUCUCGUGGUCUUAACAGGGGCCUGUGUCUGGAUGCGUUCAGCGAUGGGUUUUUUCUCCUUCAGCGAAAUGCGGAGUGACAGCAGCCUGGAAGAAGCCAGUGAUGACAGCUGAAUUCGGGGCCGCUUUUUCAACGGCCCAACUUGGCAAGUUGAUUCAUGUCUAGGGCCUAGGGGUCAACGUGGAUCAACCAAUAAAGAUAUGGCCAAAGGAAAUGUGGCCAUUGUUGCUAAACCGCUAAACCAAUUUGAUCAACCUGAUCCAAUUUGCACAUAGGCCAAAGCAUGCCUGAAUAAAGCAAAAACCGGAGGAGUUUUAAAGGGAGCCAUACACAAGGCAUGGACUUCUGAUGCUGAGCUUGAAAGGUGC